UUACACAGGGAGAACAUGGACCCACUCUGCUUUCACUUCCUCAUUUUGUAGUUUGACAGGACAGGCCAGUUGAGCGUCAGUCUGAAAAUCAUGAAGGACGGAGCGGCGGCAGAAAAACAGACGAUGGUCUCCCGUCAAGACAUUUUUGAAGAGUAUGUGAGUUAUUACAGGCAGGCGGGGAGCACGGAGCUGCCGCAGGGCAGCGAUGCUCAGGUGGGGAUGAAGGCAGCCCAGUUUCUCCUGAGGGAACCAGAGCCGAGGGAAAGAUUCACAAGUUUCCCUUUCUACCAGAUUGUGAUGGAGGGAGGCGAGGCUCUGGGCAGAGACUGGACCAAGCACCUGGCUGCCUUCAUGAAAGCUAGCGAGUUUCUGGAGCGGCUCUGUGUCAACCUGUUCCUCCAGCCGUGGAAGAAGGAGUUCAAGACGCUCAAGACAUUUACAGGUCCAUUUGUUUAUCAUCUCCUGCCAGUUUUAACCACUUCUACCAUCGACUCAGUCCUGGCCUCUAUUGGUUACCUGCCACAUACAGACACUCAACUCAGGUAUGUCAGCCAGUACAGACUCCGGGAGGAUGCUAACCCAAACACAGCUAUGUUGGUGGGCUUUGAGCUGUUGUUGGCCAGGGUGGAAUGCCGCAGCCUGCUAGAGUUUCUGGAGCAAAAUCAACCAGGAUUGCAGGAAUGGAGUGAGUUUCUCCAGAGGAGAGCAGGGCAGCACAAAAUGGAACCUGUAGAAAAAAUGACUGUUGGGCAUGAGGAAGAGGAGGAGAUGAAGAAGAAGGAAGAAGAGAGAAAAAAAGAUGGGGAGUUUUCCAUAAGUCUGGUUCAUCAAGAGAAGGAGGAGGACUUGGAAGUGAACAAGCAGGACAAGAGCUCACAGUUACCUCUCUCCUUGGAGGCCACACCUGCUGUCAAACCUCAGCCAAAGCCUCUGCAAAACCACUACAGUGAGGACAAAUCCAUCAUAGAAAUGCAUAGGAACUACCCUGACCUGGCCAUCAGGGGGCGCCCUUUGAUACAGGAUAAAACACAAAGAGCAAGUAACAGCAGGGAUAGCACAAAAGCUCUUCAAAUUACCAGCAAAAAUAAUGAUGCUAACAGCAGUAAAGCUGGCACCUUAGUAUACAGUGAUUAUAAUAAAAGUGCUGCUAUUGGCAGUAAAAGCGAUUGCAGCAAACCAUGUGAUAUAGUUGACAGUGACAGUAGAAGCAGUAGUAGUAGUAGUAACAAUAGCAACAGUGGUGUUUGUAGUGAUAAUAAAGGUUUUAACAACAUUUCUACCAAGGGAGGCAGCAUUCACAGUAGUAGUGACGGAGGCAGAGCUGAGGAUGGUGUCAGUGGUCCUCAGGCCAUCUCCAUGCACAUCACACUGAGAGCUGGAACAAGGCCUGACCCGAGCCCGAGGCAGCCACACCCCACAGCAGAGCCUCCUCCCUGGACAGACUACCAGACUGCAGCAGGCCUGCAAAAUACCACACCACCCAGAGCAGAGGCUCCCUCUCUGACAUCCAUGGAGGAAGAACAGGAGCUGAAUAAGUUAGCAGAGAGGAUGGGGCAGCUCAGUGUGCUGGGCACAGGAGAGGACAGGGGCAAACAAGAGGAAGAAAAAAGAGAUGAGGAGAUGAGGAAGCAAGAGAAGGAGGCAAAUGAAGGUGAUGAGGAGGAGGUGCAGGUUCUGCAUAAGUUGAGAAACACAGUGGAGGAGAAUCCACCUCAAGUGCUACUAGGCCAUGGCACCUCUCAGCUGGAUGGAGGGAUUUUGAAGCAGCAGAAGCAGCCCACAUUGUGUCACCCCUCACUGCAAACCAUCUGCAAUGUAUCAGACUGUCAAACCUGUAAAGGAGGAGCUGGCAUAGUGGGAUGGGAAGGAGAAAAAAGACAUGAAAGAGAUGGGGAAAGAGGAGGGGGAGAGGAUGAGCACUUGGCACAGAGCUAUAUUAUAGUGGAGCACAAGAAGAAGUAGCAUGGAUGCAAGUUGGUAAAAUCCCCAUCCCUUCAAAUAAAAUUGUCUCUCUCCCAGGAAAGGAUCAUUCACAAGUGUAAACCAACAGGAUAUCAGUUUGGGGGAGAAACAGUUUUAUUUGACAGGACAGGUGAAUGCGAGAGGGUGUUUAAAGAUUUGAAAUUUUAAUUCAGACCCACUAUUGCAGAAUGAUGUCACUAAUUAUGAGAUUCUGUCUUAAAAGAAGUAGAAGUCAUGUGGGGUCAUUUCAUAGAGACUUUAGUGUUCUGUUGCAAUGACAUCAGCACCCCAUUGAACUUUAGCAGCCUACUUCUGACAGCAUUUUUACAGAAGAUACUAUUGCCAUUUUAAUGCCAUUAUGGACAUAUGAUGAAUUUUUUUUAAAGAACUAUUUUUUCAUUAGAAUUAAACUGACGGUUAUCCUCCUUGACACCUGAAAUAGGUUUUUCAGGCUUUUCUGUCCUCACUGGGAAACAUAUGUAAAUGUUUUCCAGCACUAUCAGGCCUCAUGAACUGGCCUGGUAUUGAUCACUCAUCACUGUACUGAUCUUGCCAGGCAGGGUUGUACUGUAUAUUAGUCUCUGCUUUGAAUCCACGUCAGCCUUACUGCAGCAGGUUGUAUCAGAUUUUCAGUGUCCUCUCAUUCUGUGUAGGAGCACGCUUAUAAGGCCCUGUAAUGUGAAUUCUGUAGGUCUAAUGCUCUCACGCUUAUGCUCAGGGAAUAAAGUGAAUAUGCUCUAUAGAGAUAAAAGUGUGUGAGAAAAAGAAGUUGUAAUCUGAGAAUAGUUUGCUUUUCCAAGUAGAAAUCUAUCCUAAAACAGAAUGCUCUGUUUAACUUGUGUAUUAGACAGUUCAGCUGUGCACAGUAAAGACCUGCACAUGGCAUUACGGGAUAGGUGCCAUACGCCUAUGGUCCUAGGUUAGAUUACGCUUAAUGUAUAUUUGCAUGCUUAUUACACUCAUUUACAAAUGUUUGAAUUUCUGUCCUGCUUCUCUUGUUGGCCCAUCACUUAUUAAACCACAUGCUUGGCUA